GUUUCACUGGCACGCAAUGCGAAAUCGACAUAGACGAAUGCGCGGCCAGGCCGUGCUUGAACGGGGGCGUCUGCAGCGACCUUAUCAACUCGUUCAAAUGCAGAUGCGCCGACGGAUUCGCCGGGUCACACUGUCAGAUCAACAUCGACGACUGCGCUUCCUCGCCAUGCAAGAACGGCGGUACCUGCCAGGACGGCAUAGCGAGAUACACAUGCGAAUGUCCGCCCGGUUUCACCGGGGCGUCCUGCGAAACCAACAUCAACGACUGCGCGUCGAAUCCCUGUCACAGCGGAACCUGCAUCGAUGGCGAGAACAGUUUCGUCUGCAAUUGCUUUCCGGGAUUCACCGGGAAGCUCUGUCAAACGCAAAUAGACGAAUGCGAGAGCAAUCCGUGUCAGUUCGGCGGCAGAUGCGAAGACCGCAUCAACGGCUAUCAGUGUAUCUGCCGACCAGGUACGUCUGGCAUCAACUGCGAGGUCAACGUCAACGAGUGCUACAGCAAUCCGUGCAGGAACGGCGCCAGAUGCAUCGAUGGUAUCAACAGAUACUCCUGCGAAUGCGAGCCCGGUUUCACCGGCCAGCACUGCGAGACUGACAUAAACGAGUGUGCGAGUAGCCCGUGCGCGAACGGGGGCCGCUGCAUCGACGUGAUAAACGGCUUCCGAUGCGAGUGCCCGCGCGGCUACUACGACGCCAGGUGUCUGAGCGACGUGGACGAGUGCGCGAGCUCGCCCUGCCUGAAUGGCGGCACUUGCGAGGACGGGGUGAACCAGUUCCUCUGUCACUGCCUGCCCGGUUACGGCGGCAAGAGAUGCGAGGCGGACAUCGAUGAAUGCGGCUCGAAUCCCUGUCAGCACGGCGGCACGUGCAACGACCACCUCAAUGGCUACAGCUGCAAGUGCCUACCUGGCUACGCCGGGACCAACUGUGAGACCAACAUCGACGACUGCGCCAACAAUCCCUGUCAGAACGGCGGAUCCUGCAUCGACCUUGUCAACGAUUACAAAUGCGUCUGUGAGCUGCCGCACACCGGCAGGAAUUGCGAGGACAAGCUGGACCCUUGCUCGCCGAACAAGUACGAUUCUCUGUUCCGAAAAUUUAUUUGCGCGAAACGUUGA